AUGCACCUCACCUUUUGGGCGCGCCAUGGUCGCCGCUUUGCCACCGCGCCAGUGCUGCAAGCUUUGCGGCGCGUGCGGGCCUUGCGAAGCCCCUCACAGCUGCUGGGCUUUGCUGCGAAAAAUGAGGGUGCUGAGAUGCUUGUGCUCUACUCGGUGCUGCAAAGGUUGGUGUCACUGCUCCCAAAGACUGGCGCGGGCACCGUUGCGGUUGCCGAGGGACUUGCUGGUGACGGUCGGUUUCAGGUCCUGAUGAAGACCUUGAGCAGCCGCGCGGAGGAGUGCAACGGUGCCACCUUGGCGCGUGUGGCGGAUGCGGCAGUGCGGCUGCGGACACGGAGCCCCGAGCUAGAGGAGCUGCUCCAGAGAUUGGCAGAGGUGACCGUGACGCGUCACAACUGCAUCAAGCCUCAGGACCUUUCUAUCCUGGCACAAGCCUUCGGCUCUUGGCGCCUCGACCCUGGAGCCGAUCCGGCGCGCUUCUUGCGGGGCGAAGCCUUGCGACAGAUGCAGGAUUUCAAGUGGAACAGUUGCGUGCGUUUCUUGGACGCCUUCCGUCGCUGGGGCAUCGUGGACCCCGAGUUGACCGCCAUGACACUGGAGCGGCUCCAGGACAUCUUACCCGCUGCCACCAACCGAGAUGUGGUCAUGAUCUUGGAAGUCUUCAGCAAACUGGGCAUUGCACGCUUGGAGCUGCUGCAGAAGCUCUGUCAGAUGGCCUUCAGCAACUUGUGGCUCUUCAGCCCACAGCAACUGGUUUCAGUCACCUCAUCCCUGGCAAAACUUCGGUUCCUGACGGAACGAGAUGUGGAGGAGCUCUUGAAGGCGUUGAUGCCGCAGUUUGGGCGGCUGAGCGAUGUGGAUGUGGGCAGGUUGCUCUUUGCCCUGGCCAUGGCCAAUGUUUGCUGCGCUCAAGAUCCCAGGCUUAAGGUGCUGGCAGCUCAAUAUGUGGGCGCUGGGAACUCAGAUGUGCUAAGCGACAUCGAUGUGGCCUGGGCCCUAGCUGUGCUGGGGCUCGAUCGAUACUUCCCAGCCAUGGUGGAGAGGAUCGCUGAGAUGGGCAUGGUGGAGAAACGCAGCAGUUUGGUGAAGCUGCAUGACGUUCUCUGCCACGUGGCGCAUCAACGUCCAGAGUUUCCCCUGCCGUCGGAGCUGCGGCGAGCAGCGCGAGAUGCGGCCGCGGCGGAGGCCCAAAGAUUGGCCUCAUCGCAGAUGCGGAGCAAGGUGCUGACCGUGUGUCACCGCCUCGUUCCGCCGCAAACGCCUCAGAGGACAAUGGCAGGGCCUUUUCAGGUGGACUUUGUGGAUGAGAGGUCGAAGUUGGUGGUGGAUCUGGAUCUGGUGAGUUGGCCCAUGACGCGCAAGCUGCGACAUCAGAUCCUUGGAGAUCAAGGAUAUACCACGGUGGCGUUGCCGUAUUGGGAGGUGAAACGACUCGUGUUGGCUUACUGGGCUUUCAAUGUCUUGAUCUUGAGGGAUU